CCCAAACUUGCCUAUGGAAAGGUUGCUCCUCACCCUCUCACUCUCUCACACCGCAUCGGCGCUCUGAUUGACUCGGGGGCCAUCAACUCCACCCGCGUGCAGUUGCGCUCUCCCCUUUUCGUCCCUGAGACGAUCUCCAGGUUAAUCUCCCGGCUCAUACAAAGGCCCCCCGGUUCCCCCCUCUCCCUCUCAGCUCGUUCCUGGUUCUCUCUGUUCUUUCUCUUUCAAGACCAGACUUCUUUGCCUGCUUGAAGCAUCCCAUUGACUUCGGUCAGCCACUCUUUUAAACCAAACCCCAACGCAAAACCCCAACUAGCCACACUCUCUUUAUCUAAACGCAGCUCUCCCUGUGUUUCACAUAUCAAAACAACCCACACAUAAAAAUCAAAUUUAUCGACCUUGACGGUUCUAUUUUUUACCAACCACAACAAUUCAAGAUGCGUUUCUCUGCUGCCACCGUCGCUCUCUUCGCCAGCCUUGUUGCUGCCAUCCCCCAGGAUGUCGAGACUGUCUACUCCACUGAGGACGUGACCGUCGUCUCCUGCGCUCCCACCGUCACCAACUGCCCCGGUACCCUGCACGCCACCUCCACCCCCGAGGCCGUCGCUGCUGCCACCACUGGCGGUGCUGAGGGUGUCUCCCCCGUUGGUGUCACCAGCGCUGUCCCUGAGGCUCCCUCCGCCACCCCCGCUGCCGGCAGCUCCCCUGCUGGUGGUGCUGGUGCUGGUGUUGUUCCCUCCGGUGCUGCUCCCUCUGGUGCUGCCCCCAGCGCUGUUCCCUCCGGUGCUGCUGCCGUCGGUGGUGGCGCUGGCACCACUGCUGCUCCCCAGGUCACCGUUAUCCCCGUGACCACCUGCGUCCCCACCGUCAUCAUGUCCACUAGCACCAUCGGUGGUGGCUCCGGUGCCGGUGCCUACGGCUCUGGCUACCCCAGCGGCAAGCCCGCCAAGUCUUCCUCCCCUGUCAUCCCUAGCGGUGCUGGUGCCUACGGCUCUGGCUACCCUAGCGGCAGUGCUACCCCCUCUCCCUCUUCUGCUCUCUACACCGGUGCCGCCAGCUCCGUCAACGGCAACGGCUUCGCUUUCGCUGGUGCUGCCGCCGCCGCCGCUUUCUUCUUGGCUUAGAUUCCCCUUCUUGUUUAUAGUAGCCCCGGGUCACUCGUGAGUCCGGUUGCCGCUAUAGGCGGGGAUCUUGGGCGCAUGUGAAUUGGUGAAGAGUGUCGGGGAUUGGUCCAUACUUAGUUGCGGUUUUGCUUUUGGGAGAGAAAUCCGAUUCGUUGCUUUUUAUAUCCUCUCUUAUACCACUUUUAUUCGAAAUUUCCUUCUAGAUAUUUACGCUUCCCGGAUUGCUUCGGAGUUCUCUUGUGAAGCAAUUGGUGGCUGGAUACGAUUAAUGUAACCCAUGAAGCUUUCACAUACCCAAUUCGAAGCAGUUUAUAGAUUUAAAUCAAUGCCGUGCUAGAGCUAUC